AAAACUUUAACUAAUUAAACAAGAUAAAAAUCUAACAGAUUUCUAUUGUUUCAUUUUUUGGAGCCUCGCUUCUACGCUGCAUCUCUCUCUAACCCCAGUGUAGCGUACUUUGAGUUCUGCUUUGAAGCGGCAUCUGAGUUUUUCUCUUCUCCAUUGAAGAAACUUCUGAGGUUGUGUGUAAGAGAGAUAAGAGAGGGAAAGUAACUGAAUCUAAAAAUGGACCUUAUAAAACAAGAGAUUAUGAAAAAGAGACAAGCUCUCUCUGCAGACAGGCCAGAAUCGGGCGGGAAACGAUUCUUCAAGCGGUCUGAGAUUGAGCAAAAGCGUCUUCAGAAGGUUCGUGAGGAGGAGAAACGUGAACUCGAGGAAAAAUCUGCUCGUCAGCAGCAAUCUUCAUCCUCUUCUGCUGCUUCCACAGCCUCACUUCUUGAUCUAAUAUACUCUACCAAACCAAAUACUGACUCCUCUUCUAAAAGUGCAACCUUAACAACUGAUGAGCAGAAUAAUAUUGAUGAACUUAAGCUCUCAAAACAAGAAGUGAUUCGGCGUCUUCGGCUCCUUAAACAGCCCAUUACACUUUUUGGAGAAGAUGAUGAUGCCCGUCUAGACAGGUACAAGAAUGUCCUGAAGACGGGAACCUUUGAGGUUGACAGUGAUGUGACAGAAGGCCAGACUAAUGAUUUCUUGCGAGAUAUUGUUGAAUUGAAGAAGUGGCAGAAGACUGGGAUUAUGAGUGACCGAAAGAGGAAAAGUGAAGAUUUGGAGGAUGGAGAGACAGGCAAAGGUGACGAGGACUUGAGUGGGGAGGGGGCCUCUUCUGGAGUAGAUGCUGAUAAGGACAUAAAACUCAUGAAGGCAAAAUUUGAGGAUUUGUGCGAGGAGGAUAAGAUUUUGGUAUUCUUCAAAAAGCUGUUGAAUGAAUGGAGACAAGAAUUAAAUGAAAUGCAGGAUUUGUCAAGGCGGACUGCAAAAGGAAAGCAAACGGUUGCCACUUUUAAGCAGUGUGGUCGAUACUUGACUCCAUUGUUUAAAUUCUGCAGGAAGAGGGCUCUUCCAGAUGACAUCAAGAAAUCGUUAAUGUUUGUCGUGGAUUGCUGUAUGCAGAGAGACUAUCGAACUGCUGUGGAUUGUUAUAUUAAGCUGGCCAUUGGAAAUGCACCAUGGCCCAUCGGUGUUACUAUGGUUGGUAUCCACGAACGUUCUGCUCGGGAAAAGAUUUAUACCAAUAGUGUUGCCCAUAUCAUGAAUGAUGAAACCACCCGUAAAUAUCUGCAGUCUGUCAAACGGCUGGUGACUUUUUGUCAACGCAAAUAUCCAACUGUGCCAUCUAAAUCAAUUGAAUUCAACAGCUUGGCAAAUGGUAGUGAUUUGCAGGCACUGCUGAUGGAUGAGCAGCAUUUGGAAGAAGGGAAUCACGUUUCAGAGGAAAGGCUUCAGUUAAUGCCUGCGCCAAGUGACGAGUGAAGACUGGAUCCUUGCAGUAUCAAGCCAACUGCUAUACAUGAACCCUUCUGAUCCCGAGGUGUCUGAUGAUCAUCGUGAUCUGCAUGAUCUUGGCAAGUAUCCUGAUAUUAUGUGAGAUACUCUACUCUGUCUCAGCCUUGUCUGCCUGAUGAACUUCUUCUUUACAAGCUGGUGUAGCUCCUGUCCAACCUUGUAAUUCGUACAGGUCACUCUGUCUUCACUAAAGGUCUAAAGUUUGGUGCAUCAGUAGCUACAAUGCAGCAACAGUUAUCAAGUGAACAUGCACGAAACCAAAUUUCGGAUGCUUUUCAAGUUUUAUACUGUAUUGUGUAAUCUCUGCUCCCUUCUUGAUAUUGUUAUCUGACUUAAUUGUAAAAUAGAUACUUUUCUUCAAAUGAUCUAAGCACUGGAUGUUAUCAUAAUUUCUACUCUUUAUAGUCAGAUGGUCAGAUGGCUUUUACGUGCUCUUUGAUCUCUCGUAUUUUGCUUCUACUUUGUUUAAAUUUCUUGUAGUUAACAGUUUGAGCUCAAUAAAUUUUGAACUUUCUUU